AUGGCAGAGGUACGAGCAGCUUUAUGCAUGAUGGGUAAAGGUUGGACAGUUGGGCUCGAUGAGAUUCCGAUUGAGGUGUGGCAGUGUUUGGCGGAACAGGGUGUAAGAUGGUUGACCGCUCUUUUUAAUGUUAUAUUUUGGAAUCCAGGAUGCCGAUUGCUUAGUCAUACAAUGAAACUCUGGGAACGAGUUAUUGAGUGCAGGUUGCGAAAAAUUGUUACCAUUUCAGCGAAUCAAUUUGGUUUUAUGCUUGAGAGGUCAACUAUUGAGGCGAUUUAUCUCAUUCGUUGUCUUAUGGAGAAAUAUCGAGAACGUCGUAAGGAUCUUCAUAUGGUGUUUAUAGAUCUUGAAAAGGCUUAUGAUAGUGUACCACAGGCAGUUAUUUGGAGAUGUUUAGCAGUGCGAGGGGUUUCGGCGAGGUAUAUUCGGACCAUACAGGAUAUGUAUUUCGCUGUGGGGACAUGUGUUAGGACACCCGUUGGGGAUACUCAGUAUUUUCCAAUUGAGAGUAAUGAUGUGACACAUCGUAUUUCGACAGGAUGGCUUCGGUGGCGGGCGGCUACCGAUGUGUUGUGUAAUAAGAGUGUACUUUUGAAGUUGAAGGGUAAAUUCUACCGUGUAGCAAUCAGACCGUCAUUAUUAUAUGGUUCUGAGUGCUGGCCAUUGAGAAAGGCUCAAGAGCGUAUGUUAGAGACCGCGGAAAUGCAUUUUGGCGUAAUUGAGCGAAGAUGGAGGGAAGAGUUUAGUAGUGCUGAUUUGAAAUAUGUUAAAAUCGGCGUCAUUGACGGAGGAUGGAGUAAACAACUUACUUCAGAUGAUAUUAAUAUUUUUGAAAGUUUAAAAAUUGCUCCCGUCUCUCAUCUAAAAUCAUGUACAAUUGAAGGAGGAUCAUUAUCGGCUAAUGCGUUUAUGUGUGUCUCAGCAAUUGGUUGUAUAAGAACACAACUCGACUUUUUUGGCAUUCACCAAACCACAUUUGAAGGUAUUGUCCCAGGCGCCCGAAUAUAUGCCUAUCCAAUUGGGUGCGAAAAAUGUAGUCCAAAGCCAAGUGUAUCUGAGUCAAUUGAGGCAAUUGGUAAAGCCAUUCAAGAUGGGGUGAAAGUUGUUUCCGUAUCUAUCGAUUUUUCGGUGAAAAAUCGUGAAUAUCAGUUGGAAGAUCCCAAGGAUGAUGAUUUUGGGUUGAAAAUCUUAGAUGCAAUGAAGGAAGACAUAUUAACAUGCCUUGCUGUAGGAGAUGAUGGUCCAAUUGACGAAUCAGCCAUGAAUGGUAUGCCAUGGGCUUUGACAGUUGGAGCUCAUACCGGAAACAUACUAGAAACUGAUAUUGAGAUCGCUAUAAGGAGGGAUGUUCCUUCUAUCAAGAUAUCCUAUGAUGAAAAUGAAAAAUGGAGGAUCAUUGGCAAGUUUAAGGUGACUCCCCAACAAAUCAAUACAUAAA